CUAAAGGAAAGAAACGAUAAAGAUUCAUAACCAUCUUGGUUCAGUGCUUCUUUCUUCGUUUUCUUUUGGACCCUUCCCCGCACAUCGCAAACCUAGAAUUUCGUCGCUGAUCGGAUUUUUCAUAAUUCGUCUCCGGGGCAAAUAUUUUGUUCUCCCCAAUUUCUGCCAGCGAAAGAGCUGCGAGAGCGAGAGAUGGAGACGUGAAACGGUUGCUCUGCCUCCGGCGAGAGUUUGGUCCCGAUGGCGGCCGGCAAGACAUUGAGCUGAACGAGGUCCGUUCUCUUCCUUCCUCUUCAAUCCAACCCCCUCCAGUUCUCGUCUGAAUGUUUAAGUUGUCGUCUUUCGCCGGAAAAACGGAGCAGGCAACGUGAAUUCCAAGUGGUUGGUAAUAGGAUUAAAUUCAAAGAAGGUGGGGGUGGUAAGAAGGAGACUAUGAAAACUAUCAACAUCGACGCUAGAAGGCAAAUCUUCGCUGGAUGCCAAUGAGGACGGCGGCUCAGCAACUCAAUUAUUUCAUCCCACCAAUCUAGAACAUAGGCGGCUGAGAGUAAAAAAUUGAUCACAAUUGGCAGCCCACGUGAACUCUGAUUUGUUAAAUAAGUAGUUGCAUUUCAGAUUUUCAGUACAUCACAAUUCACAAAGCAACCAGCAAAUUUUACUCUUCCUCUUCUUCUCUUUCACAAAAAAAGAUGACUUCUAUUUCUCUGUUCAGCGUGGGAAAAACAAUUCUGGAGAGGCUGGCUCCUUUCCUUCAGUCUGAGGCAGCUCUGCAGUGGAACCUUCGAACCGAACUCCAGAAGCUGAAUGGCACCAUGGCCUCCAUUCAGGCCCUUCUGCUCGAUGCAGAGGAGCAGCAGGAGCACAGUCCUCAAGUCAAGGACUGGCUCCAGAAGCUAGAGAUCCUCCUGCUUGACGCAGAGGACCUUCUUGAUGAUGUUGCCACUGAGGCUCUGCCGGAGGAAAUGGCCACAGGAAAUCGGAUGGCUCAUAAAGUUAAGACACUCAGAGAGCAAUUGGAAGCCAUACAUGAUGAUAACACCAAAUUGUCCCUGACUCCUCGUCACGAGGAGUCAGGGAAGAUGAGGAAGCAUACCCUCACCAUGUCUUUCAUCCCCGACAUAUUCGUCGGGAGAGAAGAUGAUGUAAGGUAUAUUAAGGAAUUUUUGUUUGCUAAAGAGAGUAGCACUAACGUCGCUGCGGUUUCCAUAGCUGGCAUCGGUGGGAUGGGUAAAACCUCACUUGCUCAGCUUGUCUACAAUGACAAGGAUGUGGUGCAGGAGUUUGACCUGAGAUUGUGGGUAUGUGUGUCAGAGUCUUUUGAGGUUGAUGCGAUUCUCCAAAGGAUUGUGGACACGGUCACAGGGCAGAAAAACCCAAGCUUUCAACGCGAGAGUCUGUGUAAUUUCGUCGAGGAAUACUUCACAAGGGAGAAGUACCUUCUGGUGCUGGACGAUCUAUGCAACUUGGAGUGUAGAAAAUGGGAUUUUUUGGGAUCUAUACUCGAGGGUGGUGCAAGUGGAAGCAAGAUCUUGAUCACUACCCAGUUUGAGAACUACGCAAUAAUGAUGAGUCGUGGCUCUUUUCGUCCGCCUUAUGUUUUGCACGGUCUAUCCUCCCCACAAUCAUGGUCAUUGCUCAGGCUGGUAGUUGCCGGCGGCGACCAACAACUGGCAAACGAACCACUAAACACAAUUAACGUGGAAGAGAUUCAAACCGAGGUAAUGAAAAAUUCGGUCGGGGUCCCCUUUGCUGUGAAAACAUUAGCUACCAUACUGUAUUUCAAAUAUCCACAGACCGAGUGGUUGUCCUUUCUUAGGUCUGAUAAACUUUUACCUGCUGGCCAUGAGGAUGGCAUACUGAAGAACUUAAAACUGAACUACGAUUAUCUUCCCUCGCAUUUGAAACGUUGCUUUUUGUUGUGUAGCCUUUUCCCGAAAAACUACAGAAUUGAUGUUCAAGUACUCAUAUAUAAAUGGAUUGCACUGGGGCUUGUUAAAUCAUCACCUAAUGGUUCCGAACAAAGUUUAUACAAAUUGGGUCUCGAGUAUUUUAUGGAUUUGACAUGUAGAUCUUUUUUUCAAGAAAUAAAACGAGAUUUGCUCGGCAACAUAGAUACUUGUAAAAUGCAUGAUUCAGUCCACGACCUUGCUAUCUCAAUGGCGGGUUCAACUUACACCCAAUUAAAUGAUCCCGAAAAUGAGAUCACCGGAGAUACUUGCUACAUCUCACUGAACCAUGACUUGUGGAGUCCCUCGGAAGUUGCUUCUCGAUUGGCGAAAGCCAAACGCUGCUUGCGAGUGUUUAGUGUCUCGCCUGAGAAGUCUGCAAAAUGGUAUCAAUGGGGAACAACAUGGGAUGAGUCGAGUUUUGAAACUUUAGUUUCCAAUUUUGCAAGUCUGCGCGUCCUUGAAUUUCGAAACUCCGGAGUGGAGAUGCUGUCGCAUCGGCUUGGAGAACUAAGACACCUUAGGUUUUUGGAUCUCUCGUUCAACGAUAAAAUAAUCAGGUUGCCAGACUCUAUCACCAUGCUUGGAAACUUAGAGGUGCUAGACCUUUUUAAGUGUGAAAGGUUCGUAGAGCUCCCUAAGGAUUUAAGCAAACUUGUGAAUCUGUUGAUCCUUAACUGUGGAUACUGUCUCGCCUUGACCCACAUGCCAGCGGGGCUGGGUGAACUGACCCGCCUUGAAUCAUUACCAUGUUUUGUGGUGGGAAAGGAUAGUUCCGUUCUUGAUCAUAUCGGUGGCUUGGAUGAGCUCAAAAACCUGAACAACUUGAGAGGUACACUCCAGAUUGAGAAUCUGGCACGUCUUCGUGUUCGUGGCACUACAACUGCAUUGUCACCACCGUUAAUGGCAUUCAUAAUCGGCGGGGCAGCUCAUCUGAAAGGGAAGAUCCAUCUUCAAACUCUGUCACUGCGGUGGGAUGAUGGGAGACAUGGAAAAGGAAUACGAGAAAAGAUACAAUUUUUAAAGGGAUCUGAAGAAGAUGUUCACUUCGAUGAGAACUUGCUAGAAAGCCUUCGACCUCACUCCGGUUUGAAAUCAUUUUACGUGACUGGGCACAAAGGAAGGAAAUUACCUAGUUGGAUUUGUUCUCUCACUCAGCUGGUUAAUCUGCAUCUGGGUUGGUGCAACGUGCAGCAUGAUUUGCACCACCUGCAAGGACUGCCGAGCCUCGAAAAGCUCUACCUCGGCGGGUUGAUCCAUUUGGAGUACAUGGACGAUAAAGAUGAAGGUGCAGGAAAGAAAGCAGCAUCCACACCAUUCUUCCCCUCCCUCAAGGAACUUGAACUUUGUCAAUGUCCUCGAUUAAAAGGAUGGAGGAGGAAGCCUCUCCAGUUCCCUAAACUUUCCAAACUGCUCAUAGGCCACUGCUUUGUCCUAACCUCAAUGCCUUCGUUCCCAACACUCGAUGUGGAGCUAGUGCUGAGGUCCUCUGGCAUACAACCGCUACUAGACACGUUGGUCAUGUCGUCGGCAGGACAUAUCGUACCAUCUACCGCUUCUUGUUCAUCAUCAUCAUCAUCUCCCUCUUCUUCAAGUGAAGUGGAAACCCUGCAGUACCCUCUUUCCAAACUGAAGAAGAAAUUGCACAUCAGCGGAAUUGAUGAUCUCCCCAAGGAAUGGCUGCAGGGAAUGCAACACCUCACCUCUUUGCAAGAGAUUAGAAUUGAUAAUUGUUUAGGGCUGGAAGAGACUUUGAAUUGGCACAACAUCUCCCACGUCCCGAAUAUCACAAUUGAUGGGUUCUUAAUUAACCAAGAUGGGCUGUCUCCGUGGGAUGAGGAUCACUGGAACAACUUCCCGCGGAUACUACAGAUGAUCUCCGAGGAGAAGGCGAAAAAGGAAGGCCAGGCGGAAUCAAGCCGAUGAGCACUUGAUUCUAACUUGGUAAGCUCCAAGUUUGGCGAUUUUGCCAUUACGCUGAACUGUGCCUAGUUAUGGUUGGUUGUGAAAUCAAGUUGAGCAAUAUAAUGGUAUGAUGAUCGAUAAAAGUAUCCGUCUCCUGCAGGUUCAUUGCUAUAGCAAAUUUGCUUGGAGUACUUGGUGAUGGCUAACGGCUAACCAAGUCGUAUAUUGAUUGUGUAACAUUCAAGAAGAUGAGGAAACUUGUCUCUCAACAUUAUGGACUCAGGCUGAUGAGCGCACUGUUCGACCGGCCAACUUCCUCGUAAGGUUCUACAUGCUAAAUUGUGUCUAGUUUUAUUAUAUGCUUGGUUUUAGAGAUCCAUGAAAUUCUCACUUCGUACAGCAUCAAAAAGAUCUCUUCUUUCUUUCGUUUAUUAACACCUCUCUGUCCAAACUGGAUAUUCUCUCACUGAAACGGCCUACUGCACCCUUUGCAUUCUUUUUGGCAGGCUAGGAUACGAAGGAAUCAGUACAGGACUGGUCUCACAUGGAGCCCCUGAAGAAUGUCAACAGGGAGCUCUCAAAGUGAUGGCUGAAAAUUUUAUGCUUUUUGGUUCCUGAUUCCUGAAUCACAAGUUUGGUGGGUAAAUGCUACAAUUUUUUUUAUACAGGUAAAACCCACAAUUUCCAUCUUAAAUUCCUCCCCACCAUCAUUGAAAGGGGAUUCCACAGUGUGUGUUAGUAAAUGAUGCUGUAAUUACCUGUUUCUACUCAAACUUUAGCUCUUGUAUACUCUGCCUGUUGUCAGGUUGAGAUCAGGAGCUCAGUAACCAGUUACUGUUUGCAUUCUGCUGCAACUAGAAAUGAUUGCCAACCUCCAAUACUCACCAUGCAUGCCAACUCGCGAGCUCCUUCUGUUUUUGACCCUGUCUCAUAUAUUAUGCACUUCACUGAAAAUGGAAACGAGCUUUGCUGCAGCUGAACUUGGGAUAAUAGAAUCUCUGGCCUUCACCAGAAUUGUGCCGAAAGGAGGUCACUGGGGUUUUAGAUUAAGGACUAGAUCUGUCCCUCAUAUGUUGAAUAAUUUUUUUUCUCUGUGUUAUCAGCUGCUGCAGGAGCUUCAUUCCUAUUCUCUAGAAACCUUUUUCAUUUAGUAACUGUUUACUUCUUUAUAAAACGGUUCCCAUGCCAGUUGCCGCUGGUCAGAAUCAGAUGGUAGUAUAUGAACAAAGCCUGCAUGGCUAGCUUAAUGAUAACAGGUUUUAUUUACCAUCAACAGUUGAGUAUUCGAAAGCGAAACUAAAAGCUAGUUACAGUAUCUGAUAUGUGAAACUUGGAGAGCCUGAAACUCUUGAAAUUGAAUGCCUAACGAAACUGAGUUUAAAGGGUGACUUGGCUAGUUACAGUAUCACGAAAGCAUUGGAUUAGACGAAUCUGUGUCGAGCAGAAACAUGUAUGUCAAUGAAAUUAUCCGAAAGGUGUCAGGUUAAGAGCUCCUAGAGCAGGAAACGAGUUAAUCAGCCGAAAUCAGAAUGCUGAACUCGAGAAUAAAGCUUCGUCGCUCCGACAAGUAACAAUUUCUAUACCAGGAGCAUGAAUGUUAAGGUCUCAAAUACCGAGGCGGGUGAAGUGAGUAAUGAAAUGAGAGAGAUGGUAAAAGGCUUGGGAGCACUUCUACUAUGCUAUAUAGCAUUGGUGCUUUAAUGUACAACUCAAAGUUGUACCAUAACAUUAAAUGUAUAAGUUUAGG